CAGGCAGCCAACGUUCAGCCACGCUCGGGAUUCCUAGGCCAAUGGCUGCGUACUCCUCUCGGACAACUUUUUCUUUUAAUUUUUUUCCCACUUUAAUUAAAAUUUUCCGUUAUUUUCUUGCGAAAAGCACUUUAAUCUAAAUAUGCCAACCUCCUCCCCAUGAUAUCGGAAUCAAGGUCGGAGGUCGAUGUUACCGUCAAUGCAGGACUUUCCGGUAGAUUCCUCGUCACAGCCUUUCCAACAAUUUAUCACCUCACUCCACUUGCAAUUCCACAUGAAAUCCAUACUGGAAUCACUGCUAUUCAUCUCCAGGAAACUCUCGGACUUCUAGUUACCGGUGGCCAUAAUCGUGUGAUUAUUAUUUGGGAUGUUCGAAGUGUUUGCUCCGCUCUUUCUGGAUCACAAUAGACAAUUACUUCUUCUACUUCUUGAAUGUCUCAUAAUUCUUCUUAUUUUUAUCUAAUUUAUUGCUUCUCCUUUCUAUUUUGGAUAUUAACUACCAAAAACGCCCAUUCUUCCCCAAAACCAUCUUAAACUUACCAAUAUUUUCCGUUACCCCUGACAGGUUAUCCUGAAUAGUGAUUGUGAUUCUCAAAUUUCUUCUAAUCCCGUUAAUUCCCCAAAUAUUCGAAUGUAACUUUUUUGGAAUUUUUUUGUUUUCUAGUUUAUAAAUAAACAAUAUGUUUGAAAAACAAUCGUAAUUUGCGUUUUAGAUGGUUAAACGGUAGGAAGGGGAAGGAGCGGGCUGCGAACUGCCAUUGCUGCAAGACCACGCAGGCAACGCGUUGA